CCUCAUCGCUAAUCCAUGUUUAUAUGCCCCUCUCACUCACUCUAUCUCUCUCUCUCUCUCUCUCUCUCUUUCUCUUCCAUCUAACCUCGCUUCCACCCUACCCAUCCCCCAUCCACCAUGUCUGUCACCACCAAGGCCACCAUCGCCUCAUUCGGCGGCAAGCUUCUCAAGCUUAGCCAUGCCGCGACCACCACCAAAUGCGAAAUGUCCUUCAACCUCUACCUGCCCCCACAGGCCUUCCAGACCCCGUCCCAGAAGAUCCCCGUCCUGGUCUAUCUGUCCGGGUUGACCUGCACGGCCGACAACUGUUCCGAGAAGGGCUUUUUCCAACACGGCGCGAGCAAGAAGGGCAUUGCUGUGCUGUAUCCGGAUACCAGUCCGCGCGGUCUCAACAUUCCCGGAGAAGCCGACGCCUGGGACUUCGGCACAGGAGCAGGCUUCUACGUCGACGCCACCAACGCCCCCUACGACAACGGCUAUAACAUGUACUCUUAUGUUAUGGAGGAACUCCCACAAACGGUGUUUGCCGCUUUCCCUCAGCUGGAUUCCUCCCGUGUUAGUAUCACGGGCCAUAGUAUGGGUGGACAUGGAGCUUUGACUUUGUUCCUCCGCAACCCCGGCAAAUACAAAUCCGUGUCUGCGUUCGCGCCCAUCUCGAACCCGAUUAACUGUCCGUGGGGCCAGAAGGCAUUUACGGGGUACUUUGGGGCGGAGCAGACGGAGAAGUGGAAGGAGCAUGAUGCGACGGAGUUGGUGAAGAAGUGGAAGGGGAGGUUGGAUGUGUUGAUUGAUGUGGGCACUGGCGACAACUUCUACAAGCAAGGCCAACUUCUUCCCGAGAACUUCGAGAAAGCUGCCAAGGAGGCGGGCGUAGAGGGCGUGACGGUUCGGUAUCAGCCCGAUUAUGAUCACAGUUAUUUUACGAUGGCUACGUUCUCGGAUGACCAUGUUGAACAUGCGGCCAAGUUUUUGUUUGCUUAGUGGGUUUUUCUUCUCCUAAUUUUUAUCUUUCUGAUGUGACUUGAUGGUCUAUGUCUUGUAUGAAAAGAAACUUGAGGGUUCGUGGGAUGGUUCUGAUUGUGUGAAGCGAUCGGCAGGUGAGAGCCUUGAUAUAGGUUUCUUGAUCUAUAAGGGGAAGAUGAUGCAUAUAUGAUAUGAAAUAAAAUAAGAUGAAUGAGAUUGACAUAACU